AUGAUGCUGAAGAUUAAGAGGGUUCCUACUGUGGUUUCAAAUUACCAAAAGGAAGACGCGGAGGAUGGCGGCCACCAUGCAGCCGGCUGCGGCCGCAAUUGCUUCAGAAGCUGUUGUCUUUCCGGGGCAAAACUACCUCUGUACGAGUUUAAGAGUGAAAUUAAGGUUGUUUCUGAGAAGAGUUUGAUUAGCUUUGAGAACGAACAGCCUCCGGUGGAGUUCUUGGAUUCCCUUCUGCUGGGGGAGUGGGAGGAUCGUAUGCAGAGAGGACUCUUUCGUUAUGAUGUCACUGCUUGCGAAACCAAGGCAAUUCCUGGGAAAUACGGGUUUAUUGCACAGAUAAACGAGGGAAGGCACCUGAAAAAGAGGCCGACAGAGUUUCGAGUUGAUAAAGUCUUGCAGCCAUUUGACGAUAGCAAGUUCAACUUCACAAAGGUCGGCCAAGAAGAGGCACUCUUCCAAUUUCGAGCUUCCUCUGAAGACAAUGUUGCCCGAUUUUUUCCAAACGCACCAAUUGAUGCUGAGAACUCGCCCAGCAUCGUCGCCAUUAAUGUUAGUCCAAUUGAGUAUGGGCACGUACUGCUCAUCCCCCGGAUUCUCGAAUGCCUGCCUCAGAUGAUCGACCAUGAGAGCUUCUUGCUAGCUCUUCACAUGGCCGUUGAAGCUGGAAAUCCUUACUUCCGCCUGGGCUACAACAGCUUGGGUGCGUUUGCCACCGUCAAUCACCUUCAUUUCCAGGCAUACUACUUGGCCGUAUCUUUCCCAGUUGAAAGAGCUCCUUCGAAGGAAAUAAUCACCACGAGUGGUGGUGUGCGAAUCUCGUACAUCCUCGAGUAUCCGGUCAGAGGCUUCGUCUUUGAGGGUGGGAACACUCUGGAGGAUUUAUCAAGAGUUGUAUCGAGUGCCUGCAUCUGCCUACAAGAGAAUAACUUGCCCUACAAUGUGCUCAUUGCUGAUUCUGGAAAGCGAAUUUUCCUCUUCCCACAGUGUUAUGCAGAGAAACAAGCUCUGGGUGAAGUGAGUGCUGAGGUACUCGAAACUCAGGUUAAUCCUGCUGUUUGGGAGAUUAGUGGGCAUAUGGUCUUGAAGAGAAAAGAAGAUUACGAGAAUGCGUCCGAGGAAAAUGCUUGGAGACUCCUGGCUGAGGUUUCUUUGUCUGAAGAGAGGCUUCAGGAAGUGAAGGAGCUUAUAUUUGAAGCCAUAUGCAACUACAUUGUGGAGAAUAAGGCUGUGAAUGAGACGACAUUUGUUGAGGAGGUGGCUUGUGAGGACGUGGAUGACAUCAAAGGCUCUCAGGCUACAGUGGUGGUGCCAGUGUAG